AUUCAAGUGCAGCAUAAUCUUUGUCCAUCUCAAUGAUUUUCUAAGAAAGAAAAUAUCGAGUCUGCAUCAUCCCCUUGACAUUACCCUCAUCUCCUCCAUCUCUCUCUGUCUUCAGAUUCCCUUGCUUUCUCUUUCUCUGUUCUUCAGCCCAUCCCUUCCUCUCUCUCUCUCACACACCCACACCCACACCCACAUAGAGACAGUGCAGUAACAUCAAUCAAAUUUCAAUGGGGAAAAGUUCAACCAGAUUCUUGUUUUCAUAUUCAGUGUUCCUGAUUAUGCAAAAGCUUAAUUCAAUUCUUUAAUAAUUACUGAGAUUUAGUGGUCGGGUGGCUUUGUAGAAGCUCAAUAUUUUGCUUUUCUUUUUGAAAGAAUCUUUUUAUUCUGAUUCUGAAAGUUGGGGUCUUUUUAGUUUCUUUUAUUUCUUCCUUUCUUUUUUCCCCCUUUUUAUCCAUUAAAAUGGGGAACAUAAAUGGUAGAGAAGAUGGUGGUGGUGCCGGUGGUGAUGGUGGUAGCACCUCUUCUAUUGGCAACGACGUGACUGCCCAGGACGUUGAAGGUGCGCACGUUAACUAUAUUGCUCGUGCUGGUGAUGACGGUGAGUUCAUGGGUCACUCUCCUCCUCCAAGCCCUAGGGUUUCUGGCUCUCCAUUGAUGUUCACUCCCCAGGUACCUGUUGCUCCUUUACAAAGACCUGAUGAGAUGCAGCCAAACAAUUCAUGGAUGCACACCUCCUCCAGCUAUGAGGACAUGAUGAGUGAGCAAGGAAUCCCAACAAUGAUUACCUGGAGUUACGAUGGCAAGGAAGUUGCUGUGGAAGGAUCAUGGGACAAUUGGAAGACAAGGAAACCCUUGCAGAAAUCUGGGAAAGAUUUCAUCAUAUUAAAGGUUCUGCCUUCAGGCGUUUACCAGUACAGAUUUGUUGUUGAUGGACAAUGGAGGUAUUCCCCUGAUGUACCGUGGACACAAGAUGAAGCAGGCAACACUUGCAACAUCUUAGAUUUGCAGGAAUACGUACCUGAAGACAUUCAAAGCAUUUCUGGUUUUGAACCUCCUCAAUCCCCAGAUUCAAGCUACAAUAAUCUGCAACUUGGUUGCGAGGACUAUGCAAAGGAGCCACCAUUAGUACCACCACAUCUCCAGAUGACACUGCUGAAUGCCCCCUCGCCCCACAUGGAGAUCCCACCGCCUUCCUCCAGACCUCAGCAUGUGGUUAUAAACCAUCUGUAUAUGCAAAAAGGCAGGAGUAGCGAUUCUGUCGUGGCCCUUGGAUCCACUCAUCGUUUCCUAUCCAAGUAUGUGACCGUGGUUCUCUACAAGUCUAUACAACAAUGACAGCAAACUUAAAAAUCCGUUUUUAUGCAAGUGAAAACUGUGUUUAGAAACAGCCAGCAGGAAGGAAUGGAGUUGUGUUUUCGAUCCUUGGUUCUUCGUCCUUGAUGGAUGGAUGGGUGUGUGUUUCAAGAGGAUUUGUGGAUGCCAUUACCCAUCUUCAGCUUAAAGAUUUUUGAGCUUUAUGUGUACCUACUAUCAUGUGGAAUACGAUUCAUCAUGGCAGGGAAUUCAAAGAUUUACAGCUGUUGGCAAAUUGUAACAAAAUAAACCAACUUUGUCU